GGGCGGCCGCCGCCGCACCAGCGCAGCGGGUGGUGGGCGGCGCGGGCCGUACGGCGCUGCGCGGCGCGCUGCGGCGGCGGCGGCCGCGGCGGCGGCGGGCGGCGGGCCGCCCCGGCCCCGCCAGGCCCGUCCCGGCCCGGCUCCGCGCACGGCCGCGCCGCCAGCGGCCGCCCAACUGAGCGUGGGGCCCGACGGGCUCAGCCUGGGGCGCGGCGGGGGCGGCGCGACUGGCGCCACCUGCUUGCUCUCCCAGCAGCAGAGCGCCUUCUUCAACCGACGCCAACUUCCCGCAAGAUGUCAAUGAGUCUCCAGAUGUCCCAAUCCAUGUCAGUGAGUGGGAAUGGCGCAGGCUCCCCUCAUCACCCACCGCAUCACCACAUGGCUCAGCAGCAGGUCGGCUACACCGGGAGUCCUGGCAGUGCGGGCGCAGGCAACCCAGGACCUGCACCGCAGCCACCCACAUCGCAACCGCAGCAUUCUGUAGGGACAGGCACAUCUGUGGCAUCAACCCAGAGCACCACUGCCUCCCAGGCCACAGCAGACUUUAGCCUUGAAUUCCUUGAACAGUUGCCGGCUGGUGACUCCAGUCACUUCUCCGCUGCCGCUCAGGAGUUGCUCAACUCCUUAGACUCGGGCUCCACCUUCAAUCUCCAAGACAUUCUCUAAGGGAGUGAUAGUUGAUUACCUUUUCUCUUUCCUGUUCUUUGAACAAAUGUGAAGAAUGUUUAGGAAUUGUGUUACGUGAGAAAUACAAUAUUCAUGUUCAUUGAGAUGUUUCUUCUGUGGCAUAUGAACCAGCAUCAGUUGGUUGGGGUGGGGUGAGAAUUCAGCGUGCCGUGGUGCUUGUUCAAGACAUGUUGUACUGUCAUAGUCAUGUUUUGAAAGGUAAUAUUACAUAUGAAAUCAACAGAUAUUAGUGGUGAAUGAAUCUUUAUGCCCCAUGUGUGGAAAUUAGGGCACAGUAUGCAAAGUGCAACAAAGUUACCAGCAAGUAGUUUGGUAAAGUGAGUGAAAGUGUUUGUAUGUUGGUAUCUUCAAAUAUUCACAUAUGUCAUGGUAAUCAAUCCAGAAGACUAAGUAGUUAAAUAAGGACUGUUCACCUUUUUACAUCAACUCUUAGUAGAAAAAGUGAGAUGUUUUGCAAAUAUUUAAUGAUACUGGAAAGCCACUGAAUGUAAUUCCUUUAUGUUUAUUGUUCCCUGGGUGCAAUCUUAAGCAUUUGUCAAUUUGUGUUGAACAAAAAAUUAACUAUCAAUACACACUACAAAAAUUCUGUGUAGUAUGAUAUAAACUUUUAACAAGCUUCUGCUCUUCGGGAUAAGUUUUGAGUUAAUGAAAACAUUCCAAACCUUUGUAUCUUGAUACUAUUUUAGUGUAAUAUUGAAAAAACUCUCUGUUAUGAUUGCAACUUCAACCUAUGCCUGCCUUUCUUAAUUCAACUUUGAUUUUGACUUCUUUGCAGUAAGCAGCAGGGGUUAACAUGGCCAUAGUGGGAAUAUACCUGUUGUAAUGAAAAAAACAAUCUUUUUGCAAUACUGUUAAAUAUUUUGUUAUUUAAAAUUGAAGCUUCUCUGCUAUUACUGGCACAGUUUGAUUCCUCUUUGGAGAAGUUAUGUUUUGCAAACGUGAAUUAACUAAUCUGUUGCUUCUGUAAUCUAUUGAUUUUUUCCUGCAACCCCAACUGUCUUGUAUUGCUUGAAUAAUGAUUUGAUAGCAAUCAUGAGCAUAUAGAUAUUGCAGAUUUUAUGACCUCAAUGCAUAAAGCCCUCUUACAUAACUCAUAGAAAUAGGAGAUAGAUCAAAAUGUCAGUACAUUGAAGAAAGAUUCUUUUAAACUCUAUUUUUGAUGAAAUAUUUUCUUUGUCAUUGUAACUUGUAGUUUAUAAUUAACAUAUACAUAUAUGCCAUAAUAAUUCACUAUUUUGUAUCACAUACCUGAUAAAGCCCAAUCGCUUAUUGUAACAUAAUUUUUGCACCCUUACCCUAUGUAUUCAUUGUUCAACUGUUCCGCACCACUUGAAUGCAAUCCGAAAGUGCAAUCUUAACAGUGGUAACUACCUCAGCUGUGUUGAAAAAUACCUUUCUCCCCACUGAACAUUUUUGUUACCAAAUCGAUUUUGAAAACAUAUUCUAAAGUACAAGUGACCAAACAAAUUUGUACACAGUCUGUUAUAAUUUGUGAAAGUUGCUGUCCAGCCUUUAGUAUUUGGACCUUUUUAAAGCAACAAUUGAAAAUUUCAUUUUUUUUUUUUUUUUUCAGGAAAUUAUAAAAGAAGCUUUUUAUCAACGUAAAUGCAUAAAAUGUAACAUAAUACUUGCUAUUUUCAGUAAUGUGGUGAACAACUUGAAGUGAUGUAAAGAAUGGCUGUGGGACCACUCAGCAAAGGAAAUCAAUUUUAGGUGCCCUUGGCAUUUCCAGUGUUUUAGAAAGGCAAGCAUUUCUGUGUGGGAUCAAAGUUCAAUUAUUGUUAAACAGCAAAAAGAGUUGUUACUAAAAAUUACUUGAAAAUAUGAGCAGACAAUGGAAUCAGUAUUUUUGUUAUUCAUUUUUUUAAAUUUUUUUUUUUUUUUCUUUUCAGUUUAUUUUGUGCUUGUAAGUAGUAGAUUACAAGACAGUGAUAGGAUUUUAAAAGAUCAUAUAUACAAAUAUAUAAAAAUAUAUAUACUUAUAUAAUAUUAAUGUAUAUAUUAAAAAGAUUGUUGAUAUUAAUGAUAAAAGAGUUGAUAUUUGCUUGAAUUGAAGUGUGUUAACAUCUACAUGCUUCAGUAAGAAUGGAGACCAUUCCAGUUAAUAGUAUAUCAUUUUUCAUUUUGUUUCUGUUUUGUUUACUUGUGAAUGGCUGGAGUGUAUCGAAAAGUUAAAAUGUGAGCGAAUUAAAAACAUUUAAUUGGUGGAGUACAGUCAAGAGGAUGUGAGUGACAAGAAUUAGAACUGGAAAUAAUUUGCUUAUUAGAAUGAUUGAGAUAAUAGUUGUUUAUACAUUUCAUUCCACUAGUCCUGGGCAUAGGUGGUAGUCAAUGAGAAAUGGCGCCUCACUCCAAGAUAAGUGGGUAUUGAAGAUAUUUGCAAUAUAAUGAAUUACGAAUUCAGAAUUAUGAUGGAAGGUGCUGUGGUUAUUGCCCUCACUUUCACUUUAAGUACUUACUUUUUUCUUGAGUUUAUGAUAUAUAUGAUGGAUUCAGAAAGAGGAUGAUUCUCAUGUCAAUUAUAAACAUUGAUUAUUACUUUUAAAAUGUUCAUAAAGUAACCAAAGACUUGUUUAAUACCAAGGAUUCAUUGUAAAUGUUCACUGCCAUUUCAAUUCAUACAACUGAUGGGAGUGUUGUGUGAAAUAACUCUUGGAUCUGAUCUCUCAACAGAUUUGGAUGUACUUGGAAUCGUAUUAUUUUAAUGAGUGAGUCACACCUUUUCCAAAAUAAAGUUAAUUCAAGAUUGUAUGGGAGAGUGAAACACUUGAGUUGUUUUUCUUAGGAAAUACAUUUAGCAUUUAGUAUUGAAAUAAUUUUUAUAAGGAUCUCAAAUAAUUAUGGCAGGAUGAACAACUGGGAGCAUGGACAGAAGAAAAGCCUCUUAUCUUCAGUAUUUUAUUUUUUCCUUAUGAUGCUAGCUAACAAGUUUGAACUACAUAUAAUCUAUUUUAUUUAUAAUAGUGAAUCAUAAGAGAUUGUGAAUAAUCACAAAAAUGUGCAAUCCAUUUGUUAGUAAAAUGUUCCUUUAUUGUAAUGUAAAGUAUCUAGGAAUAAAUAAUUUACCUCUAAUAUCAUUUGUGUAUUGUAUCAUUGCAUUUUAAUCACACUGUUUUGUGGAAAGAUGACAAUAUUUUGAUACAAAGUUAUUAGCGUUAAUGACCAAAUACAGUAUUUCAAUAUCAUGACAGGCAACAUUUCUGUGUCCAUGCUCUUUCUCUCUUGACUGUGCAUCCAUCAAUUGCACAAUGAUACUCAAAUGUGCAUCAUGGAAACACUUGUGUAUUUUGAAGUGUAAGAAGUGUUUCCUCAUGAGAACAUUGCGUUCCCUCUUCCAAGACUCGGAAAUAAUUGUACGUUUUUAUGCAGUGUUGUAUGAUAAGAUUGUUCAAUAUAUAUAUAACAUGGAGUAUGGCGUAUUAAAGGAAAGACAUUAUCCAAUAUUAACAUUGUUUGUUGCUUGUUCCUUGGAGAAAAUGAACAAGGAAGAAAAAUUCUCCCAUGUGAAGUAUUGUGUAUGUGUCCCUCUGUCCACCACCAGCACCAGCACCAGCAUAGUGAGCUUGGUGUGCUGUAUGUCUUGCCAAAUUAAGCCCCUUGAUGUGUCACACUUAUUUUUAUUAGCUUUUCUUUCUCCUUACUUUGUGAUUAAAUCUUGUAAAUUGUAAACAUUGUGUUUUGUAUUUGUUUCUGUAUUAUGUUUUCAUGCAAAAUUAUACAAAGUUAUAUAUAUAUACACAUGUUUAUCUAAUUAUUUACAUAGACAGAUACAGCUAAAAUGGUUUGCCUCACUUUCACUUAUGCCCUUUGUUUUUUCUUUGUUUUAUCUGAUAAGGACUCUCAAAAUACAAUAAUUUCUUUUGUGUUAGUGAUAAGACUAUCUCAUAUUUUUGGGCUUGCGGCCAAACUACUACUAAAAGAUUCUUUGAAAAUGUUUUUUCCUCUUGUUUUAAUUUAAUGGCAGAACGGCUUACAUGAAAUUCACUCUUUAAACAGUUUUUGUUCUUAAUUUUCUUCUUUUGGUAAACCAUCUAUCUCAGUGUUGACAAAUACACUACACUAAUACCUCAUGAAUAAGAAAAUAUCAAUGUACAUGAGAAAUUUCCAGCCAGAAUAAAAAUUAAUC